AUGCCUGACAUUGGAAAGUACGCUCCAGGAUUCCCAUCGCCUCCCACUUUCGAAGAUCCACACGAGGAGCGCGAUUAUCUCAAAGGGAGGUUGGCAGCUGCCUUCCGUAUCUUUGGUGCCAAAGGAUUCGGAAAAGGCGUCUCGGGACACAUCUCUUGUCGAGAUCCCGUCGAGCCCAAUACCUUCUGGCUCAACGCAUUCGGACAAAGCUUUGCGACGAUUCGCCGGAGCGAUCUGGUGAGGGUCGACCACCAUGGCAAUGUGAUUCAAGCCGGCAGAUAUCGACUGAUCAACAGAGCGGCGAUCAUGAUCCACGUAGCCGUCCACGAGGCAAGACCGGACGUGGUAUGUGUGGCCCAUGCGCACUCCCUGUAUGGACGUGCUUUCUCGGCUCUGAAAAUCGACCUGCCAAUUCUGUCGCAAGAUGCCUGCAUGUUUCAUAAUGACCUCAGUACACUCCCCUUCGAAGGUAUCGUUCUCGAAGGAGACGAAGGGACGCACAUUGCGAAUGCUCUUGGCCAGAGGAAGGCUAUUCUUUUGCAAAACCACGGUCUUUUGACUGUCGCCAACACGGUCGAGGCUACGGUGUUUUGGUACGUCUCGCUAGAGGAGCUGUCCCAAGGAGCCCUGGCUUCCCUUGCCGCGGUUGGAGGAGAUCUCAGCAAAUUGUCAAUCGUCCAGGACGAGUUCGCGCAGGUGACGUACAAGUCGGUCGGUCUGCCGUUGUCAGGCUGGUUUUCGGCGAAACCGCUCUUCGAUGAGAUUGCUGAACAGACACAUGAAUCGUUCUUGGCAUAA